AUGAAGUCUUCAGAUUAAGAUUUCUAUUUUAACUUAAUUUGGAAUGUUUGGGGUCAAAAGUCAACCUGCAUUUACAGUUCCCUUGAGAGCUUAUCUGAACGUCUAUAUUGAUGCUCUUCACUACAUUGUCGUCUGGUUUUGUCUGUUUGAGACUUAUCUUGCCCGUCUGGAAUCAAGAAUCCUGGAGACAAUGUUUAUAAAUGUGCAACGUUGGCACUUUUAUUUUUUUUUGGUUUGUGUGUUGUAAAGGAAUUUAACAAUCGACACGAUUAUUUUGUAGUAUUAUUUAAAGUCUUCGUCAAUUGCUCGAAGUGUUAGAAAUGUUGUGACAGUCUUGCGGGCAGAAUUGAUGUGUUUAACUUUAUUCUUUAUUGGAUGAAAUGAACACUGCAUACUUGGCAGUAAUUGUACACUAAUGUAGAGAAAACGGACUUCCCUUUCAACAUCUUGAUAACGCAAAAUAAAAUACGUAUGACUUGUUCAUUAUUGUUUAUCUAUUGGAAUCUCUUUCUUAUAUUCCAUCGUCUCUGUUUCUGCGUUCAACUGCAAUGAUGUAUUUUUUCAUCCGUGUUUUAUGUUCAUUGUCAAUACUGGCUGUUAACUCUCAAAAGGCCCAAAGUCUGCGUGUUGAUAUUAAUUCCUUAAAAGCGUUAGAAAAAACGUUAAAAGCCUCUGAACGAUUAGUAUCUUUCUUUGAAGAGGAUGUUGAUAAAGUAAAUCUUGAUGCUAUAUACGGAUUGCGAGUUGCCGAAGGAGCGUGGGCAUUAUGUUUGAAAAAUAUCUAAAUUCCACCAUGGCAGGUGGGGAAAUGCGCCGCGUUGCCUACAGAAUAAGAAAAAUUCACCAAAAAGCUUCGUCAAUCAAUGAUCGUGCUCAGGUAUUCAUUAAACAUCAAUCUCCUAAGUAUUAUGCCAUGUUCAGGGCUAUCGUUGAUAAACCAUGGAAAUUUUACAGAGAUUUUCAAUUUAAUAAACUUCCAGCAUGGAAUGUAAUGAAGGCAUAUGACGACAAAAACGAAUGGAGCGAUGAAGAAAAGUCGGACAAAUGCAUGUCAGAAGUCAUAGGGACUAACCUCAACAACACCAAAUGCACAGUCACCAAAGACUGUAUGAAGAUGAUGACCAAUAAAAAUUUUAUCGAUUAUGGUCCUACUCAUCAAGUACUAUUUCUGACUUUAGCCAUAAUAUUUCGAUGUGAGACGAAGUAUUCUCCAGUACUCAAACAACUAUCUGGUUAUGAUGUCCACGGGCUCAUACAGAAUCGUUGUGGCCGCGUUAUGAGUGAGAUGUUAAGACUGGAACGGUUGGGGAUUCCUGUGGGUUCACGUGAUCUUUACAUUGAGCAAGUCAUGGUAUGUGGGAUGCACGGAUUUGCAGAGUUUUUGACAUUUAAAAGACUUUACAAUGUCUUAAGUUGGCAGAGAAAAGUCGGGUGUUUUGGGAAGCUGUCAAACCGAAAUGAUGACGUCAAUAUUCAAGAUCCUGGUACAGCAUUAUAUAAUGAGGAGGAAGUAGAUGAGUUAGGGAGAGAUGGUCAAUCUUACCGAAGCAUGCGCAAACUGUUGGUGGAUGUAAUUGUCGAUUACCGUUGUUCCGCGCACGAGUCAGGAGUUGCUGCUGGAUUAUUGGGAUUGUAUACAAAAUGGCUCGUGGAGAAGAUGUAUGUUUUUGAGAUUAGUCAAUCGGAUGGGCUGUUAAUGGCAUAAAGAUUACGUCAAACAAAUAUGACGUCACGUUAACGAAUAGCAACACAAACCACCAAUGGUACAACAUUUCUCUGUCCGGAAACGUAAUUGGCGGGAAAAAAUUCGGCUAUAACAAUAAAGAGAUUUACAUGAAGUCGAUGAUCAUAUCGUUUGUGACGUCAUUUCUAACAUUAGCAGUCAUUUUGACGUUGUAUAAAUAUUACAUUUCAAAAAAUCACCGAUACCGACCCCUUGUUGAUGCCGGAGAAAACCAUUCUUGUGAAAGAUAAUUGAUUUUUGGGUUUUAAUUUUAUAACUGCAGAUAAAACUUUCAUGUACUUUUGUUUUGUUAUUUUUGUUGAAUCAAUUAUUGCUUGUUUCAUUUCUGAA